AGGAAGUGCCAGAGAGGGGAGCUGGCCUUUGGUAGCAUAAGCUCCAUCAGAAGAGCGAUUACCCUGUGUUGCUGCUUUCUAGCCUGUGGAGUGGAACUCCACUUCAUCCACUCUGAUGUCUGUGGACUGCAGCUGGUCCUCUGAGGCUGCGACACAUCAAGUUUGAGGAGUCUGCCUGUCCACUGUGUGUGGUUCCAUGUAGCCCUUUGUUAGAAAGCAUUCGGGGCCGCCAAGAGUGUGCGUUGACAAGGGAGGUGGCUGCUGCUAGGAGCUGUAAGUCGUUCUGAUUGGAGUGAUGCUUCAUUUGAUGGAAUCUGCCACUUGAGCAAUCAGGUGGUGAGGAAGGAGGGGACACGGAAAUGACACAGCAGGACACAGCUCCGGUUCCUGAGAAAACCCAACAGCCCACUGAGUGUUUCCUGACACAAACAAAGGAACCCAAAGCAGAGGACUCUCGGAAGACCAGGAAGUGGAAGAAGAAGAAAAUUUCUGAUAUUCUUGCAAAAUCAGAGCCCAAACCAGGGACCCCUGAGGACCUUCAGAAGCUGAUCAGAGACCAUUACAGCAGCAGCCGUUCCGUGAUAGAAUUAGAAGAACUGCACCUACCAGACUCCUGCUUCCUCAAGGCCAAUGAUUUGACUCACAGUCUCUCUUCAUACCUAAAAGAAAUCUGUCCUAAGUGGGUAAAACUUCGGAAAACCCACAACGAGAAGAAGUCGGUCCUGAUGCUGAUCCUCUGCAGCUCCGCUGUGCGAGCCCUGGAGCUCAUCAGGUCUCUGACAGCAUUCAAAGGAGAUGCCAAAGUUAUGAAAUUAUUUGCAAAACAUAUAAAGGUCCAGGAACAGGUAAAGUUGCUGGAGAAGCGUGUGAUACACCUGGGUGUGGGGACUCCGGGGAGAAUCAAAGAACUUGUCAAACAAGAUGGCCUCCAUUUGAACCCCUUAAAGUUUCUGGUGUUCGACUGGAACUGGAGAGAUCAGAAGCUGAGGAGAAUGAUGGACAUUCCCGAGAUAAGAAAGGAGGUUUUCGAGCUUCUAGAUAUGGGAGUGUUCAGCCUGUGCAAGUCGGACUCCUUGAAGCUGGGUCUUUUCUAAGCCUGGGUCCUGAUGAAGAGUCCAGUUGCCAACAUAUUGCAAGCACUCAGUAACUUACUCCACCGUAAUCAUGUUAAGUCCAUCACCCAGUGGAUCCCUGAGGCUGCCUCGAGGGGAUUCUUUGACAACUGUGACCCUGUCUUUGGGCUCAUACCCUCAGAUAAUAAAAGCUCUGCCUGCGUGUGUUGUCUUGUUGAGCA